AUGGAUCCGACGGAACCACCGGGCGAACCGACAUCGCCCUCGGUCUCCUCAAGGGGGACCAGCAUCGCUGUAGGCAGCACCCCGGAGGAGGAGCUGUACGCCGCGGCGGGCCACCCAAAACACGCGCGGCUGAGCGUCGUCGCCGGCGAGGCCGGCGGCAGCGGUAUCAGCGCCGGAAACCCGUUCGCCUUCGACGGGGACAUGAGCAACUACCCGCCCAGCAUGACCAGCAGCAUCCGCGCGCACGUCUACGAGGGCGGCCUGCGCUACCACGCCUUCCGCGAUGGCAGGUACGCCUUCCCCAACGACGACGUCGAGCAGAACAGGGACGACAUGAAGCACACCAUGACCCUGAUGCUGUGCCGCGGCCGCCACUUCUACUCGCCCGUUGAGGAGAAGCUGCAGAACGGGGGGGCAUGCUUGGAUUUAGGGACGGGAACCGGCAUUUGGGUUAUCGAAGUUGGUGACGUAUAUCCGACGGCGAGCGUCACAGGACUCGACCUCUCGCCCAUCCAGCCCAAUUACGUACCAGAGAACGUCCAUUUCUUUGUGGACGAUUUUGAGGAGGAAUGGGUCGACGAUGAGGACAAGUUUGACUUCAUCCACGUCCGACAUACCAUCCAUUCGAUACGUGAUCGCCCCACCCUGUUACGACGGAUAUUCAACCAUCUCAAACCAGGCGGCUACGUCGAGUUCCAAGAGCUACACUACUUCCCGCAAUGCGACGACGGCAGCGUGACGCCCGAGAUCCCCUACGCCUUCCGCGACUUCAUGAACUUCCUCGACGAGGGGCUCCGGGCCCUCGGCAGCGAGCUGAACGCAAUAUUGGUCCUCCCCGACGAGAUGAGGGCCGCGGGCUUCGAGUCGGUCAAGACCGUCUCCCACAAGUGCCCCAUUGGCGUCUGGCCGCGCGACAAGCGCAUGCGCCUGUGCGGCCUGUUCCUGCGCACCGCCAUCAUGGACGGGCUCAGGGGGCUCAGCAAGCGGCCGUUUGGCACGGGCCUGGGCUGGACCCAGCUGCAGAUCGAGAUCUUCCUGGUCGAGGUGCGGAAGGCCGUCAUGGAUGGUAGCUUCCACACUUACUUCCCCUUCCAUGCUGUUUAUGGGAGGAAGCCACCCGGUUGAGCUUUGUCGGAUGGAAAAGGGAGAUAGAAACAAAAACGGAUACCCGGCGUGCAACAAUACCCAGACAGCGAGCCCCUGAGCCUCCUUCGGAAGUCACUGAG